UACCCGUUUCUUUAUUAUGCUUUUAAUUUAUUUUAUUAAUUUAAUUAUAACCUAAGCAUUCGAGGCAAACAAAGAUAAUUGAAAAUAAAAAGAAUAUAUUGCUUCGGUAGCGAUAAUCAAAGUGAAUAUUUAAUUCGCUCCUCUUUUUAUCACCACAUGAUUACACAGUUACCAAUACUACUGUAAAUAAUCAAACACGCUACACAUAGCGAUUAAUUUAGCGAUGUACAAAGAGAAACAGAAUCGAUUUCAGUAUUACUUGGAACUUAUUUUACAUGUAAAUUGUGCAGAUACAUUUUUUCCCCAUUAGUAUAAAUAGUAACUUAUUGAUAACUCGAUACUUAUAAUAUAUAGUAAAAUAUCAUUUAUAUGAAUCUAUCAGGGGACAAACAGUUUCCAUAAUAAAUUCUCUGAUAUCACUGACUUCUCACUGAAUUCACCGAUUUUAAUUACUACUUACAAUUUUUUAUAUUUCAUAUAAUUAGAGUUCACGUUCAAAUAAAUGAACACUAUCCAAUAUUUCGUUUCGGUAAAGUGUUCGACAAAGUUCUACUAUAUUCCAUGUUAUUUGGUACAUAAUGACAGACCAAUGACAAACGACCAUUGAGUAUGUAAAAAUUGUAAAAAAAGAUCAUCGAUAUAAUCAAUAAGAUGAAAAUUAGGGAAAACUACACUUGAUGUUAUAUGAACGAAAAUUCUGGCCGAUACUCUUAUAUCAGGGAGGAAAUUGCUGACUGCUUAUAUUAUCGAGAAAAAUUCUCAAGAAGUAAAAAAUCUGAGAACCCCUGUCGGAAAGAAUAGCGGGGCGUAUGAGCGUACAGUCUGUCUCGGGUCAGUGCUUAACUUGAUCGCAAGGUGGUAGCACCGAGUACGUUUUUCUAUGCUUCUUCCGUAGGAAGGUUAGUGCCUGAUAGUGCAAAAUAUGAACAUUCGUAUAAUAAAAUCUUAUUGUGUUUUGGACCAAUAAAAAAGAGCAACGCGGUAUAUUCGCGAAGACAGUACAAUGCUACAAAUAGAUAAGAGACAUCCCUCCCACUGAUGCAAAACAGUUGAUAUUGGCAGCUCUCGUCUCGAUUUGGGAUAACCUCUUGGUUAUAACAACCAACUACAGCUCUUGUCGCAUCUUCAGCGGACAAUUACCAAAACGUUUCGCAAGGAUGGCGUGUCUUUUGCUGAACCAGGAAAAUGUGCAUAUUAAGAUACCAUCGGCUGACACUGUCGACGGUAUCACUUAUUACUGCAUCGAGGUUAGGAUUGCUUCGAUCAAAUGGACUGUCAAGCACAGGUACAACGAUUUUGCGGAGCUUCACGAUAAACUUGUCUCAGAGAAUUACGUCAAGAAGGACAUAUUGCCACCAAAGAAGCUUAUCGGAAAUAAAUGCGAAGCUUUUGUAGAAAAGCGUAGACUGAACUUGGAGAUCUAUCUGAACGAAGUGUAUAACUAUUUAAAGAAAGCGAUGCCUAGAGAAUUAGCUGUAUUCCUGGAUAUGCAUAUAUACGAUAUAUUUUUCCUACUACAAAGUAUGGCUUUAGAGUUUUUUACAGAGGGUAAUAAUUUGUUACAAAAGUCCAAAAGUUACAAGUUUAAUCUAAUACAGUUGUAUGCGAUCAGCGAGAGAUUGAAACAACCCUGUCCACCGAUCGAAGUUGUUGACAGGAAAUAUGACUUCAGUCACGUUUUGGAUUUCAAUUCUCAUCUAACUGGUUUGAUCGUCGAAGGGAGCCCGGAACCUUAUAGAACCAGCAAUAUAUAUUCUUCCGCAUUGUCCAUCGAACUGUCAAGUUUCAAAAACAUAGAAGAUCUAACUAUCAAUCAGUAUCCAGUGGAUAAAAUAUACCACAUGGGCAACCUUCGAGACACGGUAACAUAUUUAAAAGUAAACAACACGAAGCUUAGAACUAUCGUGGAAUUGGCAAUGUGCGAGGAAGUGCACAAAAAUAUUGAAAAUGCGAAUGAUUCUCAUGUCUGGUUCAAAGUCACUCACCUAGAUCUCAGCGAUAAUCGAAUAGAAGUUAUAGACGAAGCGAUUAAAUUGUUGCCUCAAAUAGAAUGUUUAACUUUAAAUAAUAAUCUACUAUCUGAAAUUUCGAACGUCACUCUUUUACCGAGGUUGUCCCAAUUGUAUCUAGCGUCGAACAAUUUCACAACUCUACCAGACGAUCUGCAUACGAAACUCGGUUAUAUAGUGUACAUCGACUUGUCCCAGAACAAAUUAACCUCGUUAUCGAGCUUUUCGAAAUUGUAUUCGUUGGAGGGUUUAGACGUGAGUUGCAAUCGUAUCGAGAAGAUAGAAGAAGUAAAGAAUAUCGGGCAUCUACCUUGUUUGGAGAAUUUGAGAUUGACCGGAAAUCCAGUGUCGACGAUAGUCGACUACAGGGUGAAAGUGUUAGAACCGUUUGGCAAAAGGGCUGCAGAUAUUUGUUUAGACAAUGAAAAACCAAAUCAGAAAGAACUGGACACCGUUUCCGUUCAUCAAGCGUUACGCAUUGCGAGAGAAGGAAAAUCGCCAACGUUCACCGCAUCGGAUGCGCCUUUGUUCUCCGCGGAGAUUCCAAACAUAUGUAUAGGAUCCGGUAAAUUAUGAUUCCACUUGAAACGAUAAAUUCCCUUAAAGAACACUUUGAUAUGAAUUUUUAUAAUUGACCCAAAUUGUUUCUGAAACACAAAAGAACCUUUUCAUGCAUUUAGAUUUUGAUGAAGCGAAAGCUACCAAGGAUACCCAUAUACAUUUCCCCCCUGCCCUCCUCCCGUCCACCAAGUGAUACUACUGUGGGAAUGACAAUUUAAUUGAUUUAGAUGAAAAGGUUCCCUUGUAAGUGAAAUUAAUAUUCUAUUUAAAACGGCGAACAUCAGAACUAUAGUUCUUUUAUACGCUAUUUAUUAUCGAUCUAUCGCGUCGGUGCUUUAUAUUACCUUUUAACAUAUGACGAUAAUCUAAUCAGUAUAAUACGUGUACCAAAAUAAUAAUCUAUUAUUUAAUCUAUUAAGUCUUAGAUCGUAAGCCUUAGAUGUCUUUAUUCGAUCUAUCGAUCAAAUAAUACGGGGUAAUUAACCUGUUAGGUACGAUUAAAUUUUGUGCGGAUCGGUUUCUCUGUACAGCGGAGUUUGACGCGAAUCACGCGUAAACGAUACGUACGAUACGUAAAUUACAAGUUUUCUUAAAGAUAUGAUGUAUGUGCUUUAAUAAUUUACAUUAAUAAUUGAUAAUACAAUUGAGUGCGAUAUAUUUUAAAGCACGAUACGACACAUAGACCCACGUCACAAUUUUAAUACUCAUAGGGCAAUAGUGUUUAUCAAAUUGCUCUUCGUUUUCUAUUUUCAAGCGACAUAUUGAGCUCGAAAUCUAAAAUGACAUCCGCGAAAGCCACUAUAUAGUGGCGCAUCGUACCUAAGAGGUUAAAAAGAUAAACAGUCUGUCCGUUGGAGGAUAACGUGCCACUUAUCUUUGUAAAAGUGAAAUUUGCAAGAUUCUGCUGUGUAAAUAAUUAUUUUUAAAUUGUAUAUUGCGUGUUAUCGUCAUAUAUUUUUUAUACAAACUCGGAAUGCAAAAUAGGAAGAUCGGAUAAAUCGAUGAUUAGUAUUUAUUUAUAAUUUAUUGUAUCAGAGAAUUUGGUUUAUAUCAACGGAUAUGAUUAACGUAGCGAUUCUCAAACUCUAUUUAUACCUUGCGUAAUCAAUGUAAGUAAUUAGCAAUUUAGAAAUAAGAAAGAUUCAUUUUAGGAAUCGUUGUUUCUGCGAACAAUGAAUUAUUUUAAACGAUAUCAAUUAUUAUGUAUUCGUAAAUGCGUUAUUUAAAUUGGCCGUAUCAUACGCGUAUGAUACAAACGACGAUACGACUAUUUCUGAGAAAUUUCCGAUUGGAUACGAUCACCGCAGAUUUAUUAGCUGUUAUUCGUUGUUUAAACUUUUAAGCCGACGUUAUUUUGAAAGGUGUAACGUGUUCGAUGUAACAAUUUUAUAAUGGUUUAACACAAACUACCUACAUAUAUGUACAUAAGAAGAUUAAAUAUUUUGUUAAUAAAGAAUUCAAAAUCAAUAAACUGUGAUAAUUUGUUAGUAAAUUUUUUGUCAAUUUGUGAUUAACGAAUUAUAUCUUUUUGUUAGAAUUUUUACAACUCUAUACUACUUCUAUUCCGGAUGAUACAAGGAACUUGGAGAAACUAGUUACUCUCUUUUAAAGUUUAUUUUUAUUUAAACUUCCACAUAGUUCGCAUUACCUUUUAAACAUCAUACGUAUCUCGAUAGUAGUAAAAUAUUCAUAAAUAAUAAUAAUAAUAAUAAUAUUAUAAUAAUAAUAUAAUAAUAAUAAUAAUAAUAAUCAUUACAAUGCUUAACAUAGUUUAAGCAUUCUCGUGUUAUAGUCUUUUAACGUAGUACACCUAAAAACUAACACAUUUGUAAGUUAUCGUUUUACAGAUGAUCGAAGCUUUUCUUUCGAUAAACCUUGCGAUGUACAGUUUUCGAAAUUUCAAAAAUGUUUUUUUUUCCCUAAUUCGUGCCUCUCACGAAACACGAUCUAUCAACGAUUCGAUUAAAGGCAAUGCGCGUUUCCGAGAAAAAGUGUUACGUACUUCGUAAAAGAAAGUGUCAUAUCAAAGCGUCGAGAAAGUUGGUAGAUACCAAAAGGAAGAAUAACAACUUAUCAAAUAUCUUUGAUUUCCUACACGUUACACGACGCCUACGCGUCGCUUAUAUCUUAACAUUACAAUCGUUAAAUAUAUAUAUAAAUAUAUAUAUUUAUAUAUAAUAUAUGUAUUCUUCUUUUCGUUGAUCGUAACGAACUACGAUCUUCGAUGCUAAUUUUACCGAUCGAUUCCCAGCUGAUUGGAGUUACCAUCGAUCGAUAGCAAUCCUAUAAACACACGUGUGUGUAUAUCAAAGCGACAAAAAGCUGAUCAAAAAAGACACUGCAUAUCAAACACCUAUACAGUAAUUUUUUUUUUUUUUUUUUUUAUACAAAAUUAGGCGGUUCGUUUGAUGGACGUCGAACGUGCUCGUUACAUUCUACAGCCUCCGAAUAAAGGAUUCGUGUCUCAUCGACGUUCGAUUAUCUCGUUUUCUACGUAGCUCUUUCAAGUUACAGUCGGUCUUGGUCAAAUCGGAUAGCAACGUUUGAAGAAAUUCGCGAAAAGGGGCAAAAUUUUGGAUACUUUUCGUUAUUCGAUGUAAAACAGUUAAUUAGAACGAACGUUUUCGUUUUGUUUCCUCGAAGAGAGAUACGCUUUCUCGUGCCAUAUUCGAGACUCGAGUGAAAAACUAAGUUUCAAAAUUGCGCGUGUAAGUAAGCGUGUUUCGCUGCGAACCUUGCCUUCCCGCUAGUUCUCGUUUUAUACUCGUAAUUUAUCACACGUUUUGUCUCGAAAUUUAAAUACCGAAUAAUCUCGAUCGUUUUUCAAUCAGGAAACGAAGAAAAAUAAAAGAGGAGGGGGGG